UCCUCAGAAACCACAUUUCCCAUAUAUAUAUAGAGAAGAGAUUGUCAAAUAAAAGUCCAAAAUUGAAUCAAAGAGAAAGACUAAAUAGGCUUUCCUUUUCUCCAUCUUGUUUCUUUUUCCAGAUCAAGAAGUUGUUGAUCAUAUAUUCUCUCUUUUCAUCUCUAUGUGAAAGAAAUAUGGCAUGAUUGUCAAACAACCCUAAAGCCAUCUUCCUUUCUUGCCUCUUUCUCCUAUAAAUCCUCAAUUGGGAUUUUCAUUUUCUCCAUAUUUCCACACACACAGACAUAUAGACAUAUAUAUUAUGUGCGACAACAACAACAGCAACAACAAAGAGAAUCAAGAAAACAUUUCUCAUGGGAUCCAUAUCUUAACCGAUAACAUUGAGGGUUUCCAAAUUGAAGACCAAAACCAAAAUCUAAACACUACUAUCCCUCAAGAAAUGCAGCAGCAGCAGCAUCACAACACUACCACAUACAUAAAUGGUCUAAAUGGAGCUGCCGCCGCCUACGCCGACGUCCCACAGAUCCUACCGUGGGCCCUCAACCCGGUCCACGCCUUCAACCCGGUCCACGACCCGACGUUCCUCCUCCCGCCUCCGCAGCAGGGUGGGCUCUUCGGCAGGAGGCCGUCGGGGCUGCAGUUCGGGUACGAAGGCGAACACCACCUGAGAUUCCUCACGGAGUCGUUAGGGCAGGUGGUGCACCCCGGCAGCAGCGCAGCCCCCUUCGGGCUCCACGCCGAGCUGCAGAAGAUGACGGCGCAGGAAAUCAUGGAUGCCAAGGCCCUUGCGGCGUCCAAGAGCCACAGCGAAGCGGAGAGGAGGAGAAGAGAGAGAAUCAACAACCAUCUUGCUAAGCUCCGAAGCUUGCUCCCUAGCACCACCAAAACAGACAAAGCCUCACUCCUGGCUGAAGUGAUCCAGCACGUGAAGGAGCUGAAGCGGCAGACAUCCCUAAUAGCCGAGACAAGCCCGGUCCCGACCGAAACAGACGAGUUAACCGUGGAUAGCGAACCGGACGAGGAGGGCAGACCGGUCAUCAAGGCGUCUAUAUGCUGCGAGGACCGGUCCGACCUCUUGCAGGAUCUGAUCAAGACGCUGAAAGCCCUCCGCCUGCGAACGCUCAAAGCGGAGAUCACGACGCUUGGUGGGAGAGUGAGGAAUGUGUUGUUCAUAACCGGAGAUGAUGAAUCUACUAGCUGUGAUGAGCAAUUGAUAAGCUCGAUUCAUGAGGCUCUUAAAGCGGUGAUGGAGAAAGGAGGUGAAGAAUCUGGUUCAGGGAGUGUCAAGAGGCAAAGAACCAAUAUCAAUAUCCUUUAACAUAGGUCUCUUUGAAUUUGAAUUCAAGAUUUUAUGACCUAAAUUAAUUUUCCCACUUUUUUUGGAGUUUUGUUUGUGUUUUAUUUUUAGCUAACAUGGUAUGUGAGGGAGAAAAAAAUUGUGUUUCGUUUUUUAUGUUGGGUUUUGAGAAAGUGAAGUGCGCCGCUGCCGUUACGCUGGCCUCCUCCGCCGGCGGUCGUGACGGACAGUUAUAUAAGGAGAGUGGGAAUGUAUAUAGACCAAAUAUCAUUGGUAUAUUUCCUUAUUCUGUGUUGGAAGGUUAGAAUUAAGUAUAUAGGUACGUGGACUUGACCCUUGGUUAGGGUUGGUUGUAAUCAAAGUGCAAGAUUUUUGGUUGCACUGCUAGUGAAAAAACCUUGAUUUAUCUUUUUAUUAUUA